UACUUGAUUCAUUUUGUGCCGGUCAGUGACACAAACUACGUGUAAAUGGUGUGAGGAGCGUUUUAUUCCUCCGCUGCUGUGUUUAAUGUUAUUUAAUUGUUGUUUGUUUAAUAUUUUAGUAACGGCUAACCGGAACAUUUAUAUAAAGGCGAGAUGUUUAAGUUUAUAAAAGCAAAAGGGCCCCACCAAACGGCCGAACGACAAAAAUUACAAAAAGAAUUGUUCUCGUACAGAAGGACAUUACAACAUGGAUUCCCGCACAAACCGACGGCGAUGGCGUGGGACCCGUCGCUGCGUCUCCUGUGCAUCGGUACGUCGACCGGCGCCGUCAAGGUGUUCGGCAAGCCGGGCGUCGAAUUCUACGGCCAACAUCCCAAUCCAAUAGCGGUCACACGCGUGAUCUUUCUGCCCAACCAGGGCAGGGUGGUUACGCUCUGCGAGGACAAUUCGCUGCACCUAUGGGAGGUGAACAAGAGCUCGUUGGUCGAGGUCAAGUCCGAGGCACUGGAGGGCAAGCUGAAGAAGAUCUCGACGAUGUGUCUUGAGGCGGCCGGAAAAUAUUUGCUUUUGGGAACGGAGGGCGGCAACAUUUACUUGUUGGACAUCAAGACGUUCAGCAUUUCCCCAGACAUAAUUUACCAAGACGUUGUGGUACAAAAUGUUCCGGCAAACUACAAAUUCUCGCGGGCUCCCGGGGCCGUUGAGGUCAUCUUAGAGGAACCCGACCAUCCGAACAACAUCCUCAUUGGUUACAACAGAGGGUUGGUCGUGCUGUGGGACCGUGCAGAAGCCAAAUCGCUCAAAACCUUCGUCUCUAACCAACAAUUGGAAUCAUUAUGUUGGAGAAAUUCUGACCAAUUUGUUAGCUCACACAUUGACGGCAGCUAUUGUAUUUGGAAUUUGGAUAAGCCGGACGAACCGAUCGAACCGGUUACGACUUAUGGGCCGUUCCCCUGUAAGGCGAUACCUAAAGUGCUAAUGACCGAACUAGACGACAGAUCCUUGAUUGCGUUUUCGGGAGGACUGCCACGUGCGAGCUACAGCGACAAAUAUACAGUUUCGGUGAUACACGAAGAUGGACAACAUGUUGCCUUUGAUUUCACUAGCAAGAUGUCGAGAUCUAAAAGCGAGGAUGAAGAGGAUGUGUUAGGAAAUAAGGUGAUCGAUUUUCUUAUAAUUAACGCUAAAACACGUGACCGCGACGCCGAAUCCGAUACGACUACCGAAGAGAACGGUCAUACGAACGGCGUAACUGCGGAAGGUGAACCGGAAUGCCUCCUCGUUCUCACCGAAGAAGAACUGGUGGCGAUCGAUUUGCAAUGCGAGGACUGGAAAAUGAUGAGUCUUCCAUAUUUAGUAUCGCUACACGCGUCAGCCGUCACGUGCAGCCAAUACGUGUCUGGUGUGCCCGAGGAUCUAUGGGAGAAACUCAAGAACGCCGGCAAAGCCCAAACUAGCCAUUUGUACUCGACGAGGGAGUGGCCUAUAGACGGUGGUGAACUGUUGUGUUCGAAAGGUGCAAAACCUCGCAGGGAACUUCUAUUGACCGGUCACGAGGAUGGUACGGUCAGAUUUUGGGACGCGGGCGGCGUUACGCUUACUCCCGUGUAUAAGUUCAGUACUAAGGAAUUCUUUUCCGGCGAUGAUUUAGACGACGUGGCUUCCCCGGAUGCGGACGAUGAUGAGUGGCCUCCGUUCCGCAAGAUGGGCAUCUUCGAUCCAUAUUCGGAUGAUCCGAGACUCGCAAUCAAACGUGUAGUUCUGUGUCCCCUUUCAGGCACGCUCAUUGUCGCGGGCACAGCGGGCCAGGUUAUCAUAACAAAAUUCGACACCGAAGUUCUGGAAGGCGAGUUGAAGAGCAUCUCUAUGAAUAUCGUCAAUGAUCGGGACGAGUUCGUGUGGAAGGGCCACAGCAAGUUGACGCCCAGAUCCGGCGUCACACAUCAACCCAGAGGAUUCCAGGCUACGUCCAUUCUGCAGUUGCAUCCUCCGGCAGCUAUUACCGCCUGCGUCCUGCAAGCGGAUUGGGGCUUGGUUGCUGUUGGUACAGCACACGGUCUCGCACUUUUGGAUUACAUUAAAAACAAACCUGUUAUGGUCAAGUGCACUUUAAAUCCUAACGAUCUCACGGGUGCAGGAGACUCGCCGAUCUCACGCCGGAAGUCGUUCAAAAAAUCACUCAGAGAGUCCUUCCGCCGACUGAGGAAAGGUAGAUCGCAACGCAGAACCGACAACAAUAAAGAGGAGAAACAAAACGCUCCGGUGGUCCGAAAACCUGCACAACAAGACGAAACAUUCACGCCGCUAGAAGCUAAACCUGUGGAACGGCAAAUUGAAGCCAGGCCGGUCGACGAUUCGAUGGGAUCGUUCGUGCGCUGCCUGUACUUCGCCCGCACCUUCCUUCUCAACAUGCAGAACACGAAUCCGACUUUGUGGGCGGGUACGAACAAUGGUACAGUGUACGCAUUCACCAUAAUGGUGCCGUCGACAUCAAAACGCGAACAGGAGGACGUGCACUGCAAUCUUGCGAAGGAGAUACAGCUGAAGCACCGUGCACCCGUAAUAGCUAUUGCCGUGCUGGACGGUUCAAAUAAACCGUUGCCCGAACCCCUGGAAGUGGAGAAGGGUGUUGCCUCGUUGCCGGACACGACCCAAGCCCACCGCGUUAUCAUUGCGUCCGAAGAACAGUUCAAGCUGUUCACGCUGCCUAAUUUGAAGCCGCACAACAAGUAUAAACUGACUGCACACGAAGGAUCGAGGGUAAGGAGGAUGGCUUUCGCGAACUUCUCGACCAAUAACAUCGAUACGAACCAGACGCACACCGAAAUGGAUUUGCUGUGUCUUACUAACUUAGGUGACUGUCUGGUAUUGAGCAUUCCAGAUCUUAAGAGGCAAUUAAACGCGGCGGCAGUUAAACGAGAGGACUUCACUGGCAUUUACUCGUUGGUGUUCACAAAAGACGCUGAAGCAUUAUACCUUCAUUCUCCCUCAGAAAUUCAAAGAUUGUCUUUGUCGACGAAACGCGUAACAUGCGCCAGAUGUUAUUUAGCUCUUCCCGAAGGUGCCAGAGAGGAAACCACGUCUGAAGCGGGCGAAAACGAAGAUAACGACGCCCCUUUAGUGAACGGCAACAAUGAAAGUAAAGAAGGCAGCGUCGCUGACAAGACCGAAGAAAACGGAGCGGGUGACGAGACACCACACAACGUGACGGUGUCGAGCAGCGUCGGCGACAUCACAAUCGACAGUGUCAAGGAUCACUUGGGCUCAGGUGAGGAGUUGAAUAGGCGUAUCAGCGGUCUGUGCGUUACGAAAACGGUCACGACAAUCAUCAGCAGCAGUACGGACGGUGCGGUCACAUCGUCCAGUACCACGACGACAACGACGACGUCCCAGAACGAAGGCAUCAUAGAAAAAGUCGCUGACGGCCAAGGAUGCUCUCUGGAGACUAGAAAAAUCCAAGUGAGUGAUAUCCUGUUGAGGGCUCCGCUGGCACUGGCCGAAGACGAUGCGGAAAACCAAGAGGCGUAAUUCGAGAAGCAACAAUAAAUAACUAUUUGCCAUAUCAGUGUGUUUCGUCGUUAACAUUGAUCAUUUGCCACGACGACCGGAAAGUUGACACGUCCGUCGAUUUACUAUAAGUAAUUUUUUAUAUAAUCGAGCAAUUGUUCGUCGUACGUUCCUGAUUUUCGGUUUUCGUGGCUGUUUCGUUUAUGUUUAGUACAAAUUUCGUUUUUUGACUAAUCGAACUCUUGCUUUUUUACUAAUAGUAUUUUAGGUGUACUUAUUUUAAUGUUAAGUAUUUCGAGAGAUUAUACUAAAAUGUAAGUGCUAAGGACGAAACACCGUUUUCUUAAUUUAAUACUUUUAUAUUACUUAUCAUUUAUUCGAGUCCAACUUGGGACUGUCCGAGUUAUUUAUGAGUUAGCGUAAAUUUUUGUAUCAGUAUUCGGCACUGCUUUAUAGAUACUUUUAAUUUAUUAUCCUACCCUUAACGUAUUUUAAUACCCAAAAGAAAAGUAACGGCGGGGUAAUUAAGUUAGAAAUAUGUUUUUUACUUUAUUUCAUAUCUGUUAUAUAAUAUAUAUAUAAUCUUGUAAACCGGCCCAUUUUUUUUUAAUUACAUGGUUUAAAAUUGGUUGGUUUCAAAAACGAGCAUUUGUUAAAUGUUUUUCUUGAAAAAAAGAUGAUAAUAAAUACUAAUGUGAUGUUUAUAUUUUAAUGGAGGAUUUUAGAGAAAAAACAGCUUUUAUAUGGAAACAUUGGUGGAGGUGAAUGUAUGAGUGAGAUGAAUGUGGUUUGCAUAGGUUUUAUGCAACUUCAAAAUGGCCUUAACAUUUAUUUUUUCGUUAUAAUAUUUUAUAUUCGUAUUUUAUUCACAAUUUUAUUAAAGAUUAUAUUUAUCAUUCACAUGACAGAAACAUCACCAUAGUGAAUAAAAGUUUUAUUGCUAAA